AUGGCCGAAGACAUUGGAAUUACAGGAAUCCCAUUUGGCCACAUACUUGUGAAGAGCUCCAAGAGAGCUCCAAUAAACAUUUGUUCCUUCGGUCUACUAAAACGUGAUCGUAGAGACCGGCGUUCACGUGUAGCGGAUGGUCUAUGGAAAGAGCUUUUGAAACACACACAUGUUGACCACCCAGAUUAUCAACUUUUGGUGCUGGCUCAGAAAGAAAUUCACGAUUUAGCUGUGAAAAUCAAUCGAAUGGAACGAGAAGCUUUUCAGCAUGAGCGGAUGCUGCAACGAAUGAAGGAGCUAGAACAUUUGAUAGAGGGAGCCAUUGACCUUGUCCAGCCUGAUAGAACAUUCAUUCGUUAUGACGUAGUGUAUAUCACUGGAGGCUUGGGGAUCAAGAAUGAGCGUUGCAUUUUUCUCUUCUCUGAUCUUCUGAUUAUCACCAGUAUCAAGAGAAAAAGUGGAACGAUACGAAAACCAUCAUCAUCCUCGAACUCGCCGUCAUCCUUUGGAACUUUAGAGACAAAUAAAUACAAAAUGUUAAUGAUGUUUUCACUAGAUAAUCUUGCCAUUUCUAAAAAUUCCGAUGCUAAUAUAAAAAAAGCAAUGAAGGAAAUUCAAAAUUUGGAGGAUGAUAUUUCUUUAUUGGGCCGAAUCAAUGAGUUAAUAGGAAACCUCAACUGUCAACAUCAGAUUUUGGACGAAGCAAUUGAGGAUGUAAUGGGUACAGUCAGUAAGCAAUUACUUGAAAAGCAGACCACUGACCCGCUAUUACUGAGCUUACAACUCACUGCUACGUUACAGGAAGGCGAAGAUACAAUUACCAUUACCUAUCCAACCCCAGAAAAAAGGUCAUCAUGGGAAGCAGCAUUCAACGAAGUUAAACAAAAGCUAGCACACUCCACUGAUAAGCGACCACCACCAGACUUUCUCUACACAGUUCCAAUUCACAAAACCCGAGCAGGACUCCAGUUUACUUGUGCAGCAUCAGUGUUAGGUUUAAAUCAGCUAGGCCAUAAAGACAUUUGGGUAUGUAAUAGUGAUGGUUAUACUGGUCAAGUUUGUGUGAUAAGUCUACAGCCAGAACCAACAUUAACUUCUUGUAGUGGCAUUUGCAAUGCUAGGAUUACCUGUAUAACUUCAAUUCCUGCAGCCAAUUCCGUUGAAGCAAGUACAGAUGAUGAUGCUGAUGAUUUCCCAGAUGAUGAUUCAUCUAAGAAACUUAGCAAUGAACACUGCUUGUCAAGAGAAGACUCUAGAGAAUUAAUUUACAACAAUCAACCAACAAUGUGGCUUGGUACUGAAGAUGGCUGCAUCCAUAUCUACAACUGUAAUGACAACAUUUCUAUCAAAAAGCACAGACUUAAAAUACAGCACUCUGCCUCAGUCCACUGUAUUUUAUAUUUAGAUAACAGAGUCUUUGUAGCCUUAGCCAAUGGAGAAGUUUGCGUCUACCAUCAAAACUUCUAUGGUAGUUGGAACACAACAGAUCCUCAGCAUGUAUUAGUGGGGAGUGUAGCAGCACCAGUGACUAAGAUGUUAGCCACUGCUGGAAAAAUGUGGUGUGGCUGUCAAGGCGACAUCAAGGUGCUGAACACAACGAACUUAGAAAUUGAGCAUUCUUUUCAAGUGACGAGAGGCUCUUCAAAAACAAUGUUUUGUAUGGUAGCAUCAGAUCUUGGUGUGUGGCUAGCUAUACAAAACAGUGCAAUCUUGAAACUAUUCCAUGCCACAACAUAUGAAGACCUCCUGGAAGUCAAUGUUUCUCCUGCAGUCACAAAAAUGUUGUCUCGUUGUGAUGAUAUAAUUCGUCAACACAAAGCAGCAUGUCUGCGAGUGACAGCUCUCUUAGCUUGCAAGGAUAUGUUAUGGAUUGGAACCAGUGCAGGAGUUAUACUAACCAUAGCUUUACCACACCUGACCAUCACUACCUCUAAGUUGGACCAUGUGCCAAAAGUUUCUGGAAUUCCUCAUGGACACACAGGGCAUGUUCGCUUCCUCACUUAUGUUGAAAUGACCCCAGAUACAGAUAUGGAUAUUGUUAGCUCUUCCAAGUACAUGUAUGCACAUCAAUCAAAUAAUAGGAAAGAUGGAGAAACUUCUCGAACAUUCAUUUCCAGUCCAACAUCACAUCAUUUUUUAGUGAUUAGUGGAGGAGAUGGUUAUGAAAACUUCAGUGUGUCAGGACCUUCAGAAACUAUAGGUCAAGAAGAUAGUACUAAUCAUCUACUAUUCUGGAAAGUGUAGUUGUGAUAUUAUUCGAAGUCUCAGAUUGAAUAUAACUAUUAAUGCCAUGUGUCUAAGUGAUGUGCCUAACUCAGUUAGGAAUCAUAAAAAUACUUCAUCAAGAAGACUUACAGUAGCUCAUUGUAACUUAAUCUCAAGUUACUGGCUAACUCUUUGUGAUCAGCUGAGGGCUGUAGAACUUCCACUUUACUACCAGGAAGAAAUACUUCUUCCAUUUAUAUCUUACACUAUAAAUUGUUCACUGUUUGGAAGUUAAAUAUUUCUGCAUUUGCACUUCAAGACACCAACAGUACCUCAACUUUCUGUGCACCAUGGUUUGAGGCUAAAAUUGGACUUUGUUUUUAACCUAAUGUAUCUAGAUUUUUAUAUGUGUUGGAGUAAUAACAUUAUCUGAGAAACAUUAUUAUUCUACUUCGUAAUAGUAAUUGAACCUUGUCAAGCUAUAGACUAGUAGACAAGAUGUUGUUUUGGAAGUGAGAUGCAUAAAAGUUACAGACACGUCAUUAUAACUUAAUUCAAAAUAAAAAAAA